ACAAGACAGGGCAUUAUCAUUCUUACCAGACUAAAAACUUCUAAAUCAAUCGAUGACUCUUACCAGAAAGAUUCAUAAUUCCUAAAGGUCCAUUAUAGCAUCUUCCUUAUUUGUUUUUUAUCCCUCUGGCAAAAUUGGGUUGAUUGGGUAAAAUCAUUACUCAUGAGUGUUUUGUCUUCUGUUAUUGAGGUGUGAGUUUUAUCAUCUACAUUAUUGUAGCAAUGACCCAUCAAACCAACAAAAAAAAAUCUUUUCUUUUCAUUCUGAUGAAAAAAACCCAUCAAGAAAGACUUUUGAAAGCUAACCCAGAAAGUGGCUUUUGAAACUUUAUUCAUCUAAAUUGGGGUACCCACACGUUAACCAAACAAGAAACUUGAAAACGAAUAACCCACUACUUGUUGUUUUCUUUUCUUGUACUCGAUCUUAUCUUGAUCUAGAUUCAUCUCUUUAACCCUCUUCUUGAUCAGAUUCUUGAAUUGGUUUUUUAAUUUUAUAUUUCCAACAAAGAUCCAAUUUUUGCUAGCAAUGAAGGGAAUGAAGGAAAGAUUGGUGAAGAAAAUCAAACUCAUCACCACUGUCAAGACGUUAAAGCAAGGCUUAGCUCUUCAUAAGAGUAACAUUGAUCGCACAAUCCAUCAUCUAAGAGACCAAAUAGUCGCUGAAUCUGGUCAAAGCAAAGGUUGUGUUACACCAACACUACUGGAGCUUGAAGAUGCAGAGGUGGCACAGAGUCUUGAAGAAGAAAGAAGGAUUCUUUUGGAGUUUGAAGAUAACUGCCCACCCGGAGGAGAAGACUCGGUUGUCUUCUACACGACGGGGCUGCGAGGAGUUAGGAAAACAUUCGAAGCUUGCAGAAGAGUGAGAUUCUUGUUGGAGAAUCACAAGGUAAUGUUUAGAGAGAGAGAUGUUUCCAUGGAUUCAGAGUUUAGAGAGGAGAUGUGGAGGUUACUUGGUGGGAAAGUUACCUCUCCGAGACUGUUCAUUAGAGGUAGGUACAUUGGAGGAGCAGAAGAAGUUGUGGCAUUGAACGAGAACGGGAAGCUUAAGAAGCUUCUAUCAGGAAUCUCGCAGGUUGAUUCACCUUGCGAAUCUUGCGAGAACGAACGGUUCUUGAUAUGUUCUAGUUGCAAUGGAAGCUCGAAAGUGCUUGCGGAUCAUCACGAUGAAGAGACUAGUAACGAUAAGAUGUGGAUGAGAUGCAUAGAAUGUAACGAGAAUGGGCUUGUAAGAUGUCCUCUUUGUACGUAGUUUAAUGUUAUAAUAACUUAUCUGAUUUUAACUUUAGUGUGUGAGAAAAAUUUUAAGCU